CGGGCGCAGACUGCCGGGACGGCAGGGAGCGGCGGCAUGGCGGCGGCGGGGUCGGCGGGGCCCGAGCCCAUGCCGAGCUACGCGCAGCUGGUGCAGCGCGGCUGGGGCAGCGCGCUGGCGGCGGCGCGGGGUUGCGCGGACUGCGGCUGGGGGCUUGCUCGCCGCGGCCUGGCCGAGCACGCGCACCUGGCGCCGCCCGAGCUGCUGCUGCUGGCCCUCGGCGCGCUCGGCUGGACCGUGCUGCGCUCGGCGGCCACCUCGCGCCUCUUUCGGCCCCUAGCCAAGCGGUGCCGCCUCCAGCCUAGAGAUGCCGCCAAGAUGCCUGAGAGCGCCUGGAAGUUUCUCUUCUACCUGGGCGCCUGGAGCUACAGCACCUACCUGCUCUUCGGCACUGACUACCCCUUCUUUCACGACCCACCCUCCGUCUUCUAUGACUGGAAGACGGGCAUGGCGGUGCCACGGGACAUUGCAGUGGCCUACCUGCUACAGGGAAGCUUCUACGGCCAUUCCAUCUAUGCCACGCUGUACCUGGAUGCUUGGCGCAAGGACUCAGUGGUCAUGCUUGUCCACCACGUGGUCACCUUGGUCCUCAUUGUCUCCUCUUACGCCUUCCGGUACCACAAGGUGGGCAUCCUCGUGCUAUUCCUGCAUGACAUCAGCGACGUGCAGCUGGAGUUCACCAAGCUCAAUGUCUACUUCAAGUCCCGCGGAGGCGCCCACCACAGGCUGCACGCCCUGGCUGCCGACCUGGGCUGCCUCAGCUUCUGCCUCAGCUGGUUCUGGUUCCGUCUCUACUGGUUCCCGCUCAAGGUCCUGUACGCCACGAGCUACUGCAGCCUGCGGGCGGUGCCUGACAUCCCCUUCUACUUCUUCUUCAACGCACUCCUGCUGCUGCUCACCCUCAUGAACCUCUACUGGUUCCUGUACAUCGUGGCUUUUGCUGCCAAGGUGCUGACCGGCCAGGUGCGGGAGCUGAAGGAUGUGCGGGAAUAUGACACGGCAGAGGCCCCGAGCCCGAAGCCCCGCAAAGCUGACCCUCAGCACAAACUUCCAAACGAUCAAAGAUGUCGGUGCAGAAAUGAAAGAUGUGCAAUCAAACAAACGGAAAUGAGAGACUGUCGUCCAACAACGGAACUAUGAGAAGCCUCGAGAAGCCAGGAAUCCCACCUAUGCUCCGUCUAAAGGACCAACAGGCAAAGCCAGAAGCUGUGGGACAGAUGGGCCGUCCACAAGGGGCUUAUCUCUGAUCUCCUAGAUAAAGGACUCCUGUGGUGGCAGUGAGAGGAAGCAGCGACCCACGGAGAAGUGGGCCGAGGGGGAGAGACGUGCUCCCAGGAAGGGGCAUCCAGGGCUCCAGCCCAAAGGAAGAGCGAAUCACAGUGACUGAGACAGCCUCCUCAGGAAAGUCUGUGUCCUGACAUGGAAGGGUCUGUGGGCUAGAGUGCUCCACAAACCAGAGGGCAGGAUUCUCAGAAAAACGGUGGUGGAUUACUAGGAGUCAUCCAGUCAAACUGAGUUUUCUGUGCUUUCUGAUGUCUAGAUCAUGAGAAUGUAUUUGUUGUUUAGUCGCUAAGUCGUGUUUGACUCCUUUGCGAUCCCCUGGACUGUAACCCACCAGGCUCAAUCUGUCCAUGGGAUUUUCCAGGCAAGAAUGCUUGAGUGGGUUGCCAUUUUCUUCUCCAGGGGAUCUUCCUGACCCUGAGAUCAAACCCACAUCUCUUGCAUUGGCAAGCAGGUUCUUUACCACUGAGCCACCAGGGAAGCCCAAGAAUGUAUU